AUGCAGCCCAUGCAGAGCCUCCUGAUAGGCAGUGGAUGUCGCGCUGUGGUUGCAAUGAUGUUCAUGCCUGUCUUAGUGGUUAAGACACGCAUUGAGAGUGGUCGUUUCGGGACUACAUACAACCCUACCAAUCUCUUCAAGUCCUUGACACAGAUUGCACAGUAUGAGGGCGUGCGUGCGCUAUGGAAGGGCUCUCUCGCAACAAUACUGCGGGAUGCGCCGUUCAGCGGCUUGUACUAUGUUUUCUAUCAGCAGACCAAAGGGAUAUUAGAGACCAAACAGCUUGAUUUUGAUGGAGUGAACGAGACAGGACGACAAAUGAAUAGUAAUGGAUGCAAGCUUGCGGAUACAAGGAGAGCCCAGGGCGGUGAUGUAUAUAGUGAAGCACCUGUGCCAUGCAGGAUAGAUGACGCUGUUUGUGCGGCAGAAGGGGUGGGGCGAAAUAUAACAGACAAAUUACAAGCUGGGUAUUGUGGCCAGCAGGAUAACCAGACACAAACGAAAGUACAAACACAAACACAAACGAAAGUACAAACACAAACACAAACACAAACACAAACAAAAACACAGAACCAGACACAAACAGACACACCAACGCAAACACCGGAACCAAUUCAGUCAAGAAUGCCUCCAACCGUGCUAACAAGCGAGACUGCUGGCUCGGUCCCUAAGCACGCGUACCUACAGUCGGACUUCCUUAUUCGACUGUUAUCUGGGUUUAUCGCGGGAAUAUGUGCCACGGUGGUGUCGCAUCCACCGGAUAUCAUACGUGCACGUCUACAGGCCAGCGAUAAGCCUCACAUCACUACAUAUAGCGUGGUAACGCAGUUGUUGAAGGAGGAGGGCGCUAGAGGUCUGCUGAUAGGUGUUUGGCCGCGAAUGAUCCGGAGGUCGCUCACAGCCGCGCUGUCGUGGACUCUAUUUGAACAGCUGGUAGAUCUAUGGGAGGCACAGCUAUCGAAUAAACAGAGUGCGCAAUACUGA